UCACGCCGUGAGAAAAUGGCGGCGGCGGCGGCGGCAGCAGCAUCGGCGGCGGCGCUCGGCGUCCGGGCCGCGGGGUCUCCGCCGCCGCCUCCGCUCCUGCGACGGGGCCGGGGCCGGAGGAGGCGGCGCCAGGGCGGGCCUGAGGAGAAAGAGGCGGCGGCGGAGGGCGGCGGGCCCCGGCGCUGCCCGCCUCAGGGCCCCGGCCGCCCGUUUUGCCGCAGCCGCCUCGGCAGCUUCUCGCAGCCGGUUCGGGCCCCCUCGGAAGGCGAGACGCCGCCGCCUCCUCCUCCUCCUCCGCCACCGCCCGCCCAGGCAGAGCGAGAUUUUAUAUUCAGAGCACCCAUCACGUUAAGCAAGCCUGGAGAGCUGCAUGAGGAAUACAAAAGCCAGCUACGAAAGUUGAGGGAUGAAAAACUGCAAGAAGAGAGAACCUCUGAUGAUUUUAUUCACAAGCUGAUUGUUGAGGACACUACUGAUGCAGGGAAAAGAAAAACAGAAGAUCAGAAGAAAGAGGAGUCCUUAAUGGUCAAAAUGACCCAAGAACGUUUUCCGGAACGCCUCUCUGAUUCUGAGAAUGAGGAACCAUUCCAGGGCAAAUCUGCACAUCGGUCAGCUUUUGUCUCCAAGGGAAGCACCUACUCAAUAGCAUUGGUGGCAGGAAGCUUGAGCUCCAAGGUAGAAAGGAGCCAGAGUUGCAACGAUACCCUUCGAGAAAGAUCCAAAAGCAGGCAAAGAUCAGCUCCAGUCAGAACAAAGAUAAACCAGUUAUCUGGCACGCCUGCUCCCCUCAUUGGAGUUUUAUCGUCCACCCAGAACAAUCGCUGCCUCUCCGCCCCAGACCUAACAGCUGAUAAGCGCCUUGUCUUCCAUGCAGCUGCUUCCUUCUCCGUCCUCCAGAAGCCAGAGCGCUCGAUCAGCCCCGAGAGCAAUGACAGCAUUUCAGAAGAACUCAAUCACUUCAAGCCCAUUGUCUGUUCACCCUGCACACCUCCAAAGCAGCUUCCCGACGGUGGAGUUCUCAGUCCUCUAAUUAUCAAGUCUACUCCAAGGAACCUAACGAGGAGUUUACAGAAGCCAACCACUUACGAAGCCAGUCCCAGGAUCUUGAAAAAAUGGGAGCAGAUCUUCCAGGAACGGCAGGUGAAAAAGACUCUUUCUAAAGCCACCCUAACAUCCCUGGCCCCAGAGGCGGGGGAAGAUUUUCUGGUUCCUAGCGCGAACUCACUCGUCAAAGAGCCCCCGCAGAUAUCAAACGAUGUGCUGCCGCCUGAAAGCAUCACGCACAUGCAGGCAGCGACAGACUGUUCUCCUUCCGUCUGUUUUUCAAAGUUUGAAAGCUCUGGCAAUAUCAGGAGAGACUUGGAGGCGGUGCCCAAAGCACCCGUAGCGAGACCCAACGAAAGCACCCUAAACGCCAGGAUUCCUGAGGUCCCCAGCGCAAAAGCAGCCUUGCGGCAGACGGAAACGUGUCUGAACGUCGAUGCCAAAAUGGUGACCCGGAAAGUGAUUCGAGUCAGCUCGGAGUUUCCCGAGAACGGGGCCCUCGGCCCAUCGGUCAAGGCAGCCGGCAGGAAGCAGCUGAAGUACCUGAACGAAAGUGAGCGGAGCAACUUCCCGAACGGCGUCUGUCUCGAGAAAGCCCUCGGCGACGAGGCCUCGCCUUUGAGGAGGGGCCGAAAGAGACAGUGCAAAAUGAAGCACUUGGAACAGGCCGGCUCGGUCAAGAGACUGAGGCAGGUGGCCUGUCACCACGGGGCGCUGGCUGCUCCCGAACCUCCGAGGAAGAGGAGGAGGAGUGAGGUGGAGCAGAGGCUGAAGCAGGAGGAGGAAGACCGCCGGCUGGCCUUGCAGCUCCAGCGGAAGUUUGACAGCGAGAACAGGACAGUGGCAAGGCGGAAAGGGAGAGCAGAUCAGUAUUUCCUGCGGUCAAAGAGCACCACGGGUGCAAAGUAGCACUUAUUGAACAAUGUUGCCUUUUCUAGUUAAUGUGAGGUUGGUCAAAAUGAUCUGGGAAGGAGGAAGACCUGAUUUGUUAUCCUACCUCCCCCUCCCCCCAAUUGCGUUUCCUUUUUUUUAAGGUAAGGUGAGUUAAAUCCAGUUCACGCUACAGUCGAGGUCUUUGCACAGGUGUAGGCUACACUUUAUUCUUUUUACUGAAGUUGCUUCUGAGACACUUAAGACCCACUCACAGGAAUGCAUUUAAAUUUCACUGAUCAGAAGGGCAUAGACCCGUGUCUACAGCUGAGUCCCAUUGGUAUGGAAACUGCUUCCAGGUUGCGAGUAGAUGACACUAUUGGAUUGGCAUUCUUUGUCACUGAAACCAGUUGCUGUAAGUGAUCUUUUAACCUCAGGAGCAGCCUUGAAAGGGAGGGAGGCCAGUCACUUGAACUGUGGGAUACACAGGAAUGUAUUUAAAUAUACAGUGUAUUAUUGAGCAUUCACAUAUAUGGAGGCCUGUUUAUACAGACCCCAAACUAAUAACCUUUUGCCAGAUCUGUGGCUGCUAUUUGUGCUGUCCAUCUCUUAACACCUGGCACAGUCCGUUUGCAUUGCCAUAGAUUAUUUUUUGAUCCCAAGGCCAUGUUAAUAGGAGUCAGAUUUGCAGUGUACAACUACAAGGCUUCCCACUCUGGCAAGACAGAACUGAAGGCAGAGAAAUUGCACCUAGUCUCUCUCACUACCGUGGCGAUUUGUUUGUUAUCCCAAGCCUUUCUCUUGGUCCUCAUCAUGCACAGCUUUGGGGGUAUAAACUAUGACAGCAGCGGAAUGACUUCUGUGACUGGAAAUGUGUGCGGAUGUGUUGUGUGAAUGAGACGGCCGUGGAGAGUGGAUUCUGUUGAACUCUUCCAGUGUCUGGUUUUUGAGAUUGCUGAGUUGAAAGGCCCAAUGCAGAUGACUAAACUGUCCUGUUUAAAGUGGGUUUUGAAUUGGAGAUAGGUGGUGUUGGUAAUAUUUUCUGGACACCCGCCCUAACCAGUGCUCACUUGGUCAACAAGUUAAAGUUUCCACAUGUGGAAGUGUGUCAUAUUUACAAUCUCUUUAGUAAUGCUUGUUUCCUAGUGUGCUGCAGAGGGUUUUUUGUUUUGCUGUAGGCUUUUCACAAGCCUGCUUUGUCGUAAGAAUUUGAAGAGGAUAAGUUGACUCAUGAUGACUUCAGAAGUGGCCACUGCAAUCAGCCAGGUUUGUCCCACACUAGGAGUAGGUGUUUUUAAGCCCCUUUGAACUACGUAGCAUGAUAGAUUGACAUUGAGGCCUCUGGGUUUGCUGCUCAAGAAAAGUUGAAAGCCACAAAAGGUGAAAUACAGAGUAAAUAGUCUAUAAGUACAUCACCCUAGUAUGGUUAGAGCCAAAGAAGCUCUCAGUGGGUGGAAACUUGUAAUCUCUAAAAACAGGUUGCAGUUUAAAAAUGUGCUUAGCACUUCAACAGUCACUUGUAGACCCAGGUUUCUGUGUUGUGCUGCUGUAUCCCUUUGGAGGUGGGAAGCUAAAACUUGGCAUACUCUUCUCAAGGCUUCCUGGAUCACUGGCAAGAGAGUUACCCCCACCUGUCUUCCAGCCUGACUCAUUCAUUCCAACUCUGCCUUGCGGAGUUUCCUUGGUUAUCCUGCAACUUCCUCUCUACAGCUGUUUGCUGGAGGGGCAGAGCUCUUGCGGUCUGCACUGUCUAGCAUCAGCCUUGACACUUGCUUGGACCAAGCAAAUCUGGCACGUAAGAGAAUUCUCUAAAAACUAAGUGGAGGAAAGUGUUGCUCUCGCCCUUUGAACUAAUUCCAAAUUGGUUUGUUUUCCUGGCAAACAGAACUAGAGUAUGUUUUGGUUUCACUUUUGCUUCAUUUCCUUAGGUCCUUACCAUUCUAUCAUAUUUAGUUAGAAGGAAGCCCCACAGAUUUCAGUGGGGCUCACUUUUUGGUAAGCUUGAGUAGAACUGCAACCUUAAAUUUUGCUGAUCUGUUAGAGACAGAAAAUGCUUAUGUAAAAUGCAGUGUUUCCUUGCUGAAAACCUGGAAGCAAUCAGUACUAUUCUCAACAUGCCAAAGACUGCCAUUACAGUAAGGAAACCCUUAUGGAGACCAGACCUUUUCAGGCCCUUUGGAAAGAUGUGGCCCCUUGGUAAUAAAAGGGGAUUGGAAAGCCACUUCUGAGGAGGAGAACUGGGCCUUAAAAACUUGGAAAGUAUGAGUUCACUUCAGAUGCUUAUUUCAGCAUAAUCUCUGGUGAAUGUAGAGCACUUUUUCCAAGUGAUCGCACAUCGAGUAACAUAAUUCGGGUGAGCUGAUGAUCAUGUUUCUUAAUGGGAAUUUAGGAUCAUCACUGGAAGAACUAUGUGGAUUUCCAGUUCUUUUGUUGCUCUACUGCACACAGGUAGUCAGGCUGCCUGUUCCAUGUUGUCCCGGCGCAUGUUGCAGGGGCUCAGUGCUCAAGACCCAUUUAGGGCCCAGUGAUGUUCCCUUCGCCCCACAGGCCCUGGCAGGAGAUGAAUGCUAAAGGCUCCGGCUUAAGGCUGGCAUGGAGCAACAGAGAAUAUCACUCUGCCAUGUCUCAUUACUGGUAACAAUGAAUGGGUGAGAGUGAAGGCCUCUUCACCCACGGAUGUUAGACUUUUGAUCAGUACACCCUUGGGGUGUACAAGUGAUUUAAGUGAGUGCCAGAAACACAGGGCAUCCUCAAGGUACACCUGUUGGCAAACUGGGAUGGCAGAAGCAAUGGCGAAGUCAGAUGUGUGAUAUGGCCCUUAGGCCAUAGAAUUUGGAAAAGCAUGGUCUUGGUCUUGACAGUCUGUGGGAAAGGUAGGGAAGCAAAGCUUUACCCAUGUGGUAUCUUCUCACCAGCAGUCUACUUCCAGGAUAUGUUGUGAAAAGGUCUAGUGCCAUCCAUGUGGUCUCAGACAAGAGACUGCCUAUGGCUGCACUUUUCUUUGUGGGGUCAUCAGGAUUUCAUGAUAAGAGGCACAAAGGACAACUCCACAAAUUAUAUAGGAACAAACCCAGAUUUUUGACUGAUUAUGCGCUUGGAAGGAAAGCGAAGCCAAUCUGAGCACCCUGAGGAAUGUAAUGUACCUGCACAUAGCAGUGGACCAUUUAAGUAGCCCUAUGGCCUAAGGGGCGCCCAGUAGCAUUCUGGGACUUUCCUCCUUUUUGAAGGAAACACACCAGUUGCAAAAGAGCUCUAGCCCUCUUGCAAACAGAGAUCUGCUAUAUGCUCUUUGUAAUACAGGGCAAGGUCUGGAAGUGGGAACAAGGAGCAGUAUUUGUUGUUUAGUCAUGUCCGACUCUUCGUAACCCCCUGGACCAGAGCACGCUAGGCACUCCUGUCUUCCACUGCAUCCCGCAGUUUGGUCAGACUCAUGUUGGUAGCUUCGAGCAAUAUUAUCCCCUGCGAUUUUGCUGCGUGAAGCUCCAAACCGAAGCACAUUCUGCAAGUGGAUCUGUUCAGUGGGCGAGCGGCCUCAGCUUGGUGUUUCAAAUGCAGGCAUUCCGGAAGAGGGGUGUGUAUGGAACGCAGACACGACUGUUUCAGGACGUGAACAAGGUUCAGGAGUAGGAGGCCAAACAAGUCUCUUGCGUGUGUGUGUGUGUACAUGUGUGUGAGCGAGAGAUCACUUAUUAGAUGAAGUCACGGCUGUGAACCUCCCUGCCAUGCGUCAUUAGCUAGUGGGGGAUGUGGCGAUGGAACACUGCAGGGAUGUAAUCUGACAAGUUAGCUGUGUGGCCCUUACAUCCUCUAUACUGGCCCUUGGAUAGGGCAGUUGCAAACUACUACAAGAGUGCUUUUGCCCAAGGUUCUGGCUGACCUGAUGCCAAACACGAAUCUCUUUGGACGUAUGAGCCUAUAGGCCACUGAAUGUAUUAAUGGGGCCCUUUAGUCUAGAUAGAUGUGGGGGGCCUUAAUCUUGCAAGGUUGGUUGCCCACCUCAUCGCCUAAAAGCGUGCCCUUGUGUUUUUGUGUUUCCCUUGCCUUUGAGAGAUCUGCCCUCAUUUGGUCGGAAACUGACCCAGGCUUGCCUACUUAUCAAGGAGAGCACUACCGUUGGGCCCGUCACGGAGGUCAAAGAGUGUCUUGCCAUAAAUGUCAGUGGGUGUGAACUUCCUGCUUACCUGCUCUUGCCUUUGUCAGACUUCUGGUUCCUGAUGAGGUUUAAAAACGGGGUUCUGUUUAUAGCUCAGUUGGGGGGGAGAGAUCUUGACAGUGAGUGAAUGAAUGCAGCUGCCAAAGACACAAUCUGACCCUGAAAAUCCGCUCUGACCCUCCUGGAUAUCCCUGUUUGGAGAAGGGAGCGAUGCAAGUUCUUCACUUGAUUACGGAUGUCGGUGGAAAUAGCGAAGAUGGGGAAAGUGCCAAAAGAUUGGAUUUUGUACGAUGAUUGUAUUGCAUUUUAUUAUAUAACUGUCAGUAUUCUUUCUCUUCAAAUGUAUUGUGGGGCAUGUCAUGGACUACAGGUCAAACCCAAGCACUUUGUUGAAGUUCUCUCAAUGAAGGCAAAGGAAGAGGAAAGUACAAGCCUUAAAAGACUUUCUAUAAUGCAUUGAUUCCCCCCCCCCCCA